AUGGACGGUGGUGGAGAGACGAAUGUGACAAAGGCGAGAGGGAUGAAGAAAGGGCCAUGGACGACGAGGGAGGAUGCGAUCUUGACGGAGUACGUGAGGAAACAUGGGGAAGGUAACUGGAACGCCGUGCAGAAGAACUCAGGCUUGUUCCGGUGUGGGAAAAGCUGCCGUCUACGGUGGGCGAAUCAUCUCCGACCAAAUCUCAAGAAAGGAUCUUUUAGUCCUGAUGAAGAGAAGAUGAUCAUCGACCUUCAUGCUAGCUUGGGAAACAAAUGGGCUCGCAUGGCUACUAAGUUACCUGGACGAACAGACAACGAGAUCAAGAACUAUUGGAACACAAGGAUGAAGAGAAGACAACGUGAUGGUUUGCCUCUAUACCCUCCAGAGACUCAGCAUCAAGGGACUACUGGUAAUGAUGGUGAGGUUGAAUUUGAGUUUAAUUCAUUUCAAUUCCAAAACCAAAACCAAAACCAAAACCAUGGUAAUCACCAAAACAUGUUUCAAUACACCAACUCCUCUAAUACUCCAUCAUCCUCUUCUUCUUUCUCUUCUUCAUCUUCUCAACCUUCAAAACAGAUUUGCUUAGAUCCCUUAGUCUCUUCCAAUCCUAGUCUAAACCAGAUCCCCGAGUCUCCCAUGAAAUUUCCAUUGUUCUCUUAUUACAACAAUAGCCCUGAGAUUGACCAUUGCCUUGAGAAUGAGUUUUUAAAAUACUCAUCCUCAUCAUCCAAUGAGUUUUGCAAUCCAAACCAACUUCUUGAGCUACCAUCCGAGGAUUCGGACACAAACAAUAACAAUAAGAAAGAGAUUGAUGCUAUGAGUUAUAGUUCAUUGCUUAUGGGAGAUCAUGAGACGAGACUUAGUUCUUUCCCUUUCGGACUAGACAAUACCGGCCUAGAGUUUCCUUCAAUCCAAUCACCGGCCCAUUGGUUCACUUCGAAUACUGUACUUGACGCUGGUGUCCACCUUGAUCCACCUGCGGGUAACAGUGGACUGCUUGACGCUGUCUUGGAGGAGUCUCAAGCCUUGUCUCGCCGCAGAAACUUCAAUGACUUCACAGUUUCUUCGAGUGGUCUAGGUGAGGAUCCAGACAAGAAAGUGAAACUGGAUUGUGAGAACCGGUUGAUUAACCAUAAUUCUUCUCAUGUAUCAUCAUUCGAAACAAACUCUAAAUUUUACGAGAGGUACAGUGAGCCAACGAUGGAGAAGGCAACAGUGGAUGAUGAUGACGACAUAUUGAUGACCCUUCUCAACAACUUUCCAACCACACCAUUGCCUGAUGAUUGGUACGAGACGAAAGAUGUCCAAAGGGAAACCUCAGUGAGCGGAAACCAUCAAUAUAACAACAAGGUGGAACCACAGAAGGUGAAGCCUUCGCCCGGUACUGUAGAUCCUCUGGCCUCGUUGGAGUCAUGCUAUUGGGACAACAUGCCUGGAAUCUACUAA